AUGUCAGGAAUCGAAGAUCUGCCCGAGACAUACGAUGAUCUUCCAGACAAACAGCGAUUCUGGCCGUCAGCAUCAGGAUCUUCAGAUGAAGGGCUAGGGAUGCUCCGCCUUUUGACGCCGGAGAUCGUGGCCGAUGCCGCGCGCACACAGAUCCAAACGGGGGAGCGCGUCUGCUUGAACUGGGAUAUGGAGAAGUUGAAUCCUCCGGGAUUUGGCCGUAGAUCGUUUGAACACAGGGUUGAAUGGGUUGCGCCUGGUACCGCCUUCGAUGAUGAGUAUCACUUCAAUCCGCAGCAGUCCUCCCAGUGGGACGGGUUCCGGCACCAUAACGCUCCCGCGCCAACCGCCGACGAGCCAGACCGCAGGCUAUUCUACGGCGGCACCACAGCGGAGGAGAUCCAGGACUCGACCAGCAGCCGCAUUGGGAUCGGGCACUGGGCGAGGAAAGGCAUCGCGGGCCGCGGCGUGCUUAUCGACUAUCUCUCCUGGGCGGAAAGAAAGGGGAUCACAGUCGACGCGCUGAGCCAGCAUGUCAUCUCCCUGGACGACGUGCUGGCCAUCGCGCGCGAAUGCAAUAUUGAGUUCAAGCGGGGCGAUAUCUUCUUCCUCCGUGUCGGACUGACGCGGACAUGGGAUGCGCUGAAUGAGCAGCAGAAGCUGGCGUAUAGCCAGCAGUCAAUGCCCAAGCAUGCGGGCAUCGAGCAGAGUGAGCGGGUGCUGCGGUUCCUGUGGGACAACCAUUUUGCGGCAGUGGCUUCGGAUGCCGUCAGCUUUGAGGUGUAUCCGCCUCUGGACCCUGAAUUCGAUCUGCACCAUUAUCUCCUGGCUGGAUGGGGGAUCCCGAUCGGGGAGAUGUUUGACUUGGAGGAGCUGGCGGAGAUGUGCAGGCGGCUGGGUCGGUGGACAUUUUUUGUGUCGAGUAGUCCUUUGAACUGUGCGCGGGGCGUUUCGAGUCCCCCUAAUUGUAUGGCUAUCUUCUGA